AUGUCUGAGGAGCAGCACAAGGCCCAGGGCAUCGUGGGGAUCUUACUGAUGGUGCAGAUUGGCGACACGCCCAACCCAGAGCUGCAGAUAAUUACCAGCGCCAUCAACAAGGUCACCUACAAAGAUAAGCACCGUUCUUCCACACCGAUUCGGCACACCUCGCUGCGGUCGCUGCUACCCAACACCGAGCAGUACAUGACGUACGAGGGAUCAUCCACUCAUCCGGGCUACUGGGAGAGCACGGUAUAGAUCAUCUUGAACAAACCGAUCUACAUCAUCAAACAGGAGUGAUAUGCCCUGCGGAAACUGAUGCAGGGAUCGGAACAGACGCCGAAAGACCCACUGGGGAACAAUGCGGGUCCAUUGCAGGCGUUGAUUUCGCCCAUACCGAGGCUAAUAAGAUUUUCGACAGAAUCGCUCGUGAAGAUUUGGCAGAAUCUCUCCCGAAGAUUCGGAAACACACCUCCCGAUGAUUCGUAA